AUGAUGAAAACUUUUGAAGAAAUUCUCGUUGCCUAUUAUCUUCUCUAUGUACUUCUACUUGAACCCAGAGAAAUGAAAAAAGGAAAUAUGACUAGUAUACAAACUGUACUUGAUCAUAUUAUUGAACGAACAAUUCAAGCAUUUAAUUCAUCUGAAUUUAAUUGUGGUUUAUAUAAUGUAUCAGAAUAUUUAGCUGGUCUAGCUAAAUUAGUUGCUAAUGAUAAAUUUCUUUUAUAUAUUAUUUCAAAAGAUAAUAUAUUUGAUUUAUUUUUUCAAAAAUUUCUAGAAUUUAAUCAUUUAUGUACAAGAAAUAGUAAUAUUGAAUCAAAUGAUUUACAUGGAUUAAUUUGUUCUUCACUCUAUACAAUUUUUUGGUCGAUUAGUUUUCAAUCAGAUUAUUAUCUAAAAUUAAAAAAUAAUGAUGAAUUUAUUCAAUUUAUUGAGCAAAUGUCUAAAACAGAAUCUAAUAAUGAACAUAUUGUUACUAUGAGACGUGCAGCAAAAGGUAUUCUUUUUAAUCUUGAUCUUGUUCAAACUGAUCUUCAACCAAUUGAUAAUAAUACUGAAAUAGAUUAUGAUCAUGUGAAAGUAAUGAUUUCUUAUGCACAUAAAGAUACAAAAUUAUGUCAACAACUUGUUAAUAAACUUCAAAAUCGUGUUCAAGGUGAUAUUUGGGUAGAUUUUAUUAAAUUAAAACCACCAUAUGAAGAUGAUUGGGAAGAAAUUGCUUGUGCUAUUACACAAUGUGAUGUUAUUCUUAUGAUAGUUACGGAAAAUUAUUGUACAUCGAAAAGUUGUCGUCGGGAAGUAAUUCAUGCUGAUAAACGUAAUAAACGAAUCAUACCUAUCUAUCAAGGAAAAGAAUAUCAACCUGAAGAUUGGUUUGAAAUUCGUGUUGGUUCCGCUACAUUUGUACGAUUUGGAGAUAAUAAAAGUGAUGAAAUAGUAAUGGAAACUCUUCUCAAUUUAAUCCAUGCAACAGAUAAAACUAAACGAAGUCUCAACAGAGAGAAACUUCAUCAGACACCGACUCUAACUAGUCAACAACAAACCAUUCAAUCGAUUGUUCUACAUCCAAUUCUUCCAGUAUCACCAGUCUUAUCGCCUACAAGGUUGAUCUCAAAUCCAAUAAUUGAUACUUUAACAAUACAAUCAGUAUCACAUUCGUCGACACCAGACAUUGUUCCUAGUCUAACUCUACCAUCGGUCAAUACAAAACCAAUUGAACAAUGGACUAAUGUCGAUCUACAACAGUUACUUCAAUUACCUUCAUCAAUACUUGAUUUAUCUUCUGGUCAAGCUUUACUCGCUUACAUUCGUCUAUUAUCUAAUGAAGAUGCUCUAUUCGAUGAAUAUGAAACAUGUAUGCGUCAUCGUGGACUUAGUCGAGAACAAUUUGCUAAUCUAAUUGGAUCGCUGAUUAGUUUACGUUCUUUGAACAAUAUUGAAGAAACGUCGAAUCUUUCACCUGAUCAAUGGACAUAUGAAGAAAUCAAAUGUUGGUUUCGUCAGAAUCGUUUAUCCGUUUAUCUAUUUGACACAUUUACAUUUGUUGAUGGAACUGAAUUUCUUAUCUAUGCAAAAUUAGUCACUGAAUCAUCGAUACGUAUGGAUGCAGAAUAUGAUCGAUUGAGAUCUCGAAUUCAGUCUCGAAACAAUGGACAAGAUAUCUUUCAACUAGAUGAAUAUGCUCGUUUUAUCAAUGCUCUCAAAAAGCUUCUCAUUCGAUUCCAGUCAUCAUCAUCUAAUACGACACAAGAAUCUGCUCAAUGUACUAUUUCAUAA